UGCGCGAGUGGGGAAGUUUGGUCCUCUCCGGUCACCGUGGCGGCAAUAUGGCUGCGCCCAUGAAGAAGGAAGCGAGUUCCAAAGCAGAGAGCCGACUCCAGGUCGCUCGCUCAUGGACCGCAGCGCAGAGUUCGGCCGAUGGAAGGCGCAGAGUCUGAGCAAGGCAGACCUUAGCCGGAAGGGCAGUGUGGACGAGGACGCGGUGGACGUGGUGGAGCUCCUGAAUUCGCGGGAAGAGUUUUUCACCACCAGCUCCUGCGCAGGCCGCAUCCUCCUUCUGGACGGGAGCACAAAUGGUUCUGGGGUUCAGAAACAGCACUGCUGCUGGCUGCUGGUCACACACAAACCUUGUGCGAAAAACGAUGUGAUGGCAGCUCUGAAGGGUGCGACCAGCGAUGCUGUUUUGAAGUUUGAACCUUUUAUUCUCCAUGUGCAAUGUCGGACACUGCAGGAUGCACGAACCCUGCACUCAGUGGCAGUUGAUUCUGGCUUCAGGAACUCUGGCAUCACGGUGGGAACGCGAGGGAAGAUCAUGCUGGCUGUCCGGAGUACACAUGGAUUAGAAGUCCCAUUAACCCACAAGGGAAAACUGAUGGUGACAGAGGAAUAUAUUGAGUUCCUGUUAACUAUAGCAAAUCAGAAAAUGGAGGAAAACAAGAGACGAAUUGGAAGGUUUUAUACCUGCCUACAACAUGCUGUCAAACGAGAGACCAUUUCAAACUCACAUUCCAAGAUCAAAGAGAAAAAUAAUCCACUUUGUACUCGUAAGAAUAGGAGGAACCAAGGAAAAGCACACGACCCAUCUACCACUGAGGACAAUGGGAGAGAGCUUGAAGCUGACGGCCUAGAAAUCAGCGCUGCACUCUUCCUUGGAGAUGACUGAGGCUUGGCCCAGUCUGGUCUCUAUCCACAGUGCUGCUCUUUACAAGAGCAUCAAGGUUUGCUGAGGGCAUCAGCCCUACCGGAGGCAAGUGUUAAUUUCUCUGUUUUAGAGAAGCAAGUGUAAAUGGCUUUUCAGAGUAGCUCUGUGGGUGUUUUUGCUCUCUGGAGACUGCUGCAUUUUUAAGUGUAUUAGGAGUCACUCUACAAAUAAACUUAAAACUUCUUGUGUCUGUUUAUGUCAAAUAGGAAAA